CUACCAUUUGCCUGCCUUCUCUUCAACAUCCCAUCGUCUCUGUCGCAAUCCCAACGGCUGUCAUCCCAGUAUCUCCUCAUAUAAUAGACAUCGACAAGCUGUAGCGUUCACACAGGAAGCAAGUAGAAUAAUCCUCCGGAGUCUCACAUUCAUUCGAACAACCACUCAGCACGAUGCCUCAACACAAGCGCGGUCCUUGGUCACAACAGGAAGACCAGAUGCUCCUGCAUCUCGUCACUGUCCACGAUGCAAGCAACUGGGUCCGGAUAUCCAAUGGCAUUCAGACUCGAUCUCCCAAGCAAUGCAGAGAGCGCUUCCAUCAGAACUUGAAGCCGAACCUCAACCAUGAUCCCAUCACCCCUGAGGAGGGAAUCUUGAUCGAGCAGAUGGUCGCGGAGAUGGGCAAGCGAUGGGCCGAGAUCGCCCGACGACUACGAGGCCGAAGCGACAAUGCCGUCAAGAACUGGUGGAAUGGUGGAAACAACCGCCGACGAAGGAGUGUUCAGCAGCGCCGCACCGAGUUGGAGGUCCGCCAGCAGAUUCAGCACACAAACCAACCGCAGAUGCACGCCCACCCGAUGAUGCAACAACAGCAGCCCCUGCCGCAAGCUUUCCAGCAACACCAGCUGAUGCAGCAGCACCAGCACCAGCUCCAGCAGCAACACUACUUCGGCCAGCAGAUGUACCAAGCCGGUCAGAUGGGCAUGCCCACCAACAUCCCGGCGUACGCGCGUCAGCAGAUGGUCGACGCUCCUCUGCCCUCGCCAUCCGCCUACUCUCAGCUCUCGGACGGUGGCGCCCCAUCGCUCAUGUCGGACUGCUCCUCCAUCUCCGCUCGUUCGCCAAACAACGGCACAUCGCCCAUCGAGCUCCCCCCGCUCGCUGCUGCCCGUGACGACCGCCGCCGCUCCUCGGCGCCUAUGCUUCGCGUCGGAGUUCCCAACACCUUCAUCCAGGACAACGACUUCGCCAUUGCUCAAAUGCAGUCAUACGAUCUUCAGGGCAAGAACACACCGAUGUUGCAGGAGCCUUUCAUGCCGCAUUCCCAAGGAAUGCUGCACCCUAGCCAGUACCUGCCUUCUCAAGUCCGUCAGCCGUCGCCUCUUCACCAGAGCCACCAGAUGCAGCAGAUGUACCCGAUGCAGCAGCAGCAGCAACAUCAGCAGACUCUGCAGCGCCGCCACUCAGCAUACCCCAUCCCGUCACAACCUGUGCCGUCCACCCCCAUGACGAUGCAGCUCCCCAGCAUCUCCAACCUCAGCCACGACUCGAAGCUGGACCCUGCGCUCUCCACACCUGGCCCAUCCGGCCUCUCUCUGGAUGAUUCCCCACGGGAUAAGAUGAGCCUCUCGAACCUCACGCACUAAAUUAAUACCCCUGCCAUUCAAACUGCCACAUUAUCUUUGACAGAAACCUUCAUUCACUUUGGCCCCCACCAGCCGGCUACCCCGGAACGGCGUUUUUUGCAGAUCAGAAGAACUAUACCCCAUCCUUGAAGGAUACCGUUGGCCCUUUGCCGAGACACUUUAUUUUGUACUUUGUUGAUGAGCGUUCAAGCAACAUGAAAGGAAAGCAUACCGCGAGGACGGACGUGGCUGAGACGAGCCACUGGGUGGUUGGCGGCGUACCACAUCCACUCGGACGCAUACUUAAUUAAUCUUAUACAUAUAUAUACCUUUUAGUAGUAAUUUACAUCAGCGACCUGUGGUCGAUGAGCUUACAAUUCGAGAACGUUGGAU